AAAUUUAAAUUAGUAAAAUAAAAAUGUUACAGCGCGUCAGAUCUGCCAGUUGGCACCGCAGCAGCUUGCGGGUUUGCUUUGGUUCCAACGGUUUCCUUCGUGUUAGAAAUUCGCCGCACCGAACGUACAGUUCCUCGCUUGAAUCGCCUGAAGUGGAUGUCCCUCUUAGCACAGGCCGCGUGAUUCGCAUUUCAUCCGGCAAGUAUGCCCGCUUCGCCGAUGGCUGUUCGGUGGUCAGCGUUGGCGACACCGCCGUAAUGGUCACGGCCGUAGCUAAGCAGAAACCUUCCGGAGGAAAUAAUUCGUUUCUUCCGCUGGUGGUGGACUAUCGGCAGAAGGCGGCAGCCGCCGGAAGGAUUCCUACAAAUUUCCUCCGGCGAGAGUUGGGUCCGUCGGAGAAAGAGAUCCUGGCGGCGAGGCUGGUGGAUAGAUCGAUCCGACCGUUGUUUCCGGCGGAAUAUCGAAGCGACACUCAACUUGUUUGUAACAUGCUAGCGAUUGAUUCGAGCAACCUGCCGGAUGUACAGGCAAUUAACGCCGCGAGUGCGGCGUUGUCGUUGAGCGAUAUACCGUGGAAUGGACCGAUCGGGGCGGUCAGGGUUGGACUGGUGGAUAAUGAAGUCAUCAUCAAUCCUACGCGGAAGGAACUUCAGCUUUCCUCGUUGGAUUUGGUCGUGACGGCAGCAAAGCAGAAUCUGGUUGUCAUGCUGGAGGGUCGCGGGAAUAUUGUGAACGAUAACGACCUUCGGAUGGCGAUCAAGAAGGGGACGCAGGAGGCCCAGUUGAUCAUCUACGGAAUCGAGAGGCUGCAGAAAGCUUUCGGCAAAACGAAGAGAGCAUUGGAACCGUUGCCUCAGGCGGAGGAAGAGAUUGAGGCUGCUGUUCGGACCAUGUCGGAGAUGAGGCUGCGAGAAAUUUUCAGAGAUUUUGCCCACGAUAAAUUCAGUCGGGAUCAGGCUGUUAGCAAAACUCGGACGGAUACGAUCGAUAAGGUUUGGUCAAGCUAUCCGAGUGUGGAUCCCGGGCUGAUAACGGAGUGCUUCAACCGGUUUAGCAAGAGCGUUUUUCGGGAGAUGAUCUUUGAGGAAGACCGACGCUGUGACGGUCGUCAUUUGGAUGAUUUGCGGAAGAUUUCAUGCGCAGUGAAUUUGCAUAAGCCGCUGCAUGGUUCGGCACUGUUUCAGCGAGGUCAGACGCAGGUUUUUGCAACCGUAGCUUUAGAUUCUCACGAGAGCGCCCUCAAACUGGAUCCCAUCACUUCCCUCGACAUGGGAGUUAAAUCGAAGAACUUUUUCCUGCACUACGAGUUUCCGCCGUACGCAACGGGCGAAAUGGGAAAGAUUGGCCCGGUGGGGCGACGGGAGAUCGGCCAUGGAGCUCUCGCCGAGAAGGGACUGGUUUCUAUCAUUCCACAUGAGCACCCGUUCACGAUAAGACUGACGUCGGAGGUGCUGGAGUCGAACGGUUCCAGCUCGAUGGCGACGGUUUGUGCCGGAUCGAUGGCACUGAUGGAUGCCGGUGUUCCGGUGCAGGAAGCGGCGGCUGGCGUUGCCAUCGGUUUGGUCACCAAAUACGAGAACAAUGAUACGAAGCAUCUGCAAGAUUAUCGAAUAUUGACGGAUCUGUUGGGGAUUGAGGACUACAUGGGCGAUAUGGAUAUGAAGGUGGCUGGGACGCGAAAGGGUGUGACGGCAAUCCAAGCGGACAUUAAGGUGCCGGGAAUUCCGUUGAAGGUCGUGAUGGAGUCGCUGCAGAAAGCGAUGGAUGCGCGCUUCCGAAUCAUCGACAUCAUGGACGAAACGAUCGCCACUGCUCGGACGUCGAAGAAAGACUGCUGGCCGGUGACGGACAAGCUGGAGAUUGAACCGCAUCAACGCUCGAAACUGCUCGGCCCGGGCGGAAUCAACACGAAGCGACUGUAUCUGGAGACGGGUGUCCAGUUGAACCAGGAAGACGAGCAUACGUUCCGGAUAUUUGCCCCCUCGGAGGCGGCUAUGCACGAGGCGAAGGAAUACCUAGAGAAUCUGAUGAAGGUGGAGAAAAUUCCGGACUUGGAAUUCGGUGCCAUUUAUGCGGCGAAAAUUGUGGAACUGAAGGACACCGGGGUGAUGGUAACAUUGUAUCCAUCGAUGCCGCCGGCGCUGUUGCACAAUUCCCAGCUGGAUCAACGAAAGAUCGCUCACCCUUCAGCUCUCGGAUUGGAAGUGGGUACCGAAAUCCAGGUGAAGUAUUUUGGCCGCGAUCCGGUAUCCGGAUUCAUGCGCCUCUCGAGGAAAGUCCUUCAAGGUCCAGCCACCGGUAUGCUCCGAAACCUAGAUCGAAAUUCUUCAACUAGCAGUAGUAGUAGUAGUAGUAGUAGUAACAUUUCCAAUGGCAAUGGUGCCGAUGUGAAAUCCUAGCUUUAUUAGAUAAAGUGCUUCUACCAAGGUGUGUUCAUCUAGGUUUGUACCGUGUACUGGCAAAUGUAAACAGCAGUGUAAAUAGUUCCACGCAAUUAAAGUUAAGUAGAAUUCCAAGGUAA